GUUUGUAAUUUGUAUUUUUGCAGGUAUACAUAACCUUAAAAAUCGCGUGUUGAGUUUUAAGAAUUGAGAGAGAGAUGAUAACUGAAGAGUGAAGACCGUAAAUAGUGUCAAACCAAUAUUGUUUUGAUAAAAUAUGGUUACUAUAUUUAGAAAAUAAAAUGCGAAUUAUUUGUUUCGUAACAUAUAGUUGAAGGACGUUUAAUAACAGUAUCAUGAGCGACCUUACUGUCGAUUUAUCUAUACCAUUUCCUAGUGAAAGAGAGGCUGAUGUUGCUUAUCAAACACUGAGGGUAGAUGCAGAACCUUCAAGAAGUGGUGUAAAGAAAACAUUGACAUUGGAGUCAAACACCUUAAAAGUGAACUUUGCUGGAUCAGAGGCACGUAAGAUAAGAGUAGGACUAACAUCCUUUUUCGAAGCUUUGCUACUUAUUACUGAAACUAUGAAAGAAUUCGGACCUCCAGAACCUAAAUAUGAUCACUACUGACGACUAUUGAAAAAAAGAAGAUACACUGUACUGAAGUAUAUACUUUUAUUUUUAAUAAAUCAAAAUGUCGGAACGUACUCCAGCUCCAUAUGGUCCUAGAUCAGUCUAUGGAUAUGCCAUGUACAUAGGAUCUAACAUGUUAUUGUUGUUAUAUCUUGUAUGGGCUUUUAUACCAGAUGAAUUUUUACAUAAGAAACUGGGACUCACUUACUGGCCAUCAAAAUAUUGGGCAGUAGCUCUUCCAAUUUGGAUAUUGACAGCAAUCGCAGUGUUUGCUUUUGCCAUUUAUCCAGCUAUAAAUAUGACUCUUACUCCAGAUAUUGAUGAUAUCAGAACAAUUACAGAUGAAUAUUGCUUGAAGAAGAAAAAACGUAUUCAUGGUGGUAUACCACCUGUUUCUGAUAUUCCAAUUACAGAAGUUUGUAGAAAGUUAUAUUUACAAGAAGAUUAAAUAAAACCUAAUUUUUGAAAAUUUCAU